AUGUCUUCCUCCUCCGGCACACCAGAGUCUUGGAUCUCAUCGUUUUGUUCUUUACUGGGGCAUGAAUACUUUGCAGAGAUAUCGGAGGACUUCAUAGAAGAUGACUUCAAUCUGACGGGACUGCAAACCCAGGUGGCUAUGUAUAAGGAAGCGUUAGAGAUGAUCUUGGAUGUCGAGCCAGAAGAUGACGAUGACGAAGAUGAAGAUGACGAAGAAGAAGAGGGUGACGAAUCUAUUGAAGGCGAGGAUCACAAGGUUCGUAGGGUAGCCACAGAUCGAAGACACCAUCGUAUGGCCUCCGAUUUAUCAAUCAUCGAAUCUUCCGCCGAAAUGCUCUACGGUCUUAUCCACCAACGCUUUAUCUGCUCUCGAGCAGGUAUCCAACAAAUGUCCGAAAAAUACGAACUCGGACACUUUGGCGUAUGCCCCCGAACGUACUGCGAAGGAGUCCGAACAUUACCAGUAGGACUUUCCGAUGUACCGGGUGAGGAUACUGUGAAGCUCUUCUGCCCUUCCUGCUUAGAUGUCUACAUUCCCCCGAAUUCUCGAUUUCAAACUGUUGAUGGCGCUUUCUUCGGACGAACGUUUGGUGCGCUCUUCCUCCUCACAUUCCCCGACUACGAUAUCAGCAAGAAAGGCAUGGAUACGCUAGGGGGGCACGGUGCUCGCAGUAUGGCAACAACAGCUAGUGACGAAGAAAAGGACAAAAUAAACGGCAUGAACGUACAAAAUCUAGGGCCUGGGCUUGGGAAAGGAAAGAUGUACGAGCCGAAGAUAUAUGGAUUCAAGGUCUCAGAGCGAGCGAGGAGCGGGCCGAGAAUGUCAUGGUUGCGUGACCGACCGGUGGACAUCCGAGAAUUGGACGAAGCGGCUUUAUAUGCGAAUCCGGACGAGAGUGAUGAUGAUGCUGGACUGAAUAAUGGAGCUCGUACACAGCCAACUCAAACGCUGGGUGGAGCGGGUGGAGCUCGGAAAAUGCGACGACCAAAUGGAGGGAGCCCUAUGUCGGUCGAAGCUUUGGGGGAAUUGUUCGCCUGA